UUUUACAUUUACAGCCAACACACAAAAACGAAGCCUAUACAGUGAAACGACGACUAACCCAUUAGUGCUAUCUUAUUGGUAAUAUUUGUCAAUGAUAGUAGGUUGGACCUAAAAGGCUAGCUACCCUUGGACGCCGACAACCUCUCACACAACAGAGUGUUUGCACGCCCAUUAAGAAACGUAAUUAAGGCAGGUGUUGUCAUUCACAUAGGCCUACCUUCGUAAAGUCUUUGUAUGCGCAGAAUAAUGUCAGAGGCGAUAUCAGCUAACCAGGACCUUUUUGUUACUUGUUCUAUUUGUUUGGAUCUGCUGAAAUAUCCAGUGACUAUUACCUGUGGACACAAUUACUGCAUGGGCUGCAUUAAGAGCUGCUGGGAUCGGGAAGAUAAGAAGGGAAUUUACAGUUGCCCCCAGUGCAGACAGACGUUCACUCCAAGACCCAUUUUAAACAAAAAUAAUGUUUUUGCUGAGCUUGUGGAGCACUUUAGGAAGAGCAGAAAUCAACCUGUUGUUCCUGGUCCUGUUGUAUGUUCUGGAGCUGGAGAUGUGGAGUGUGACGUCUGCACUGGGAGAAAACUCAAAGCUGUGAAGUCCUGUCUGGAGUGUCUGUUGUCUUACUGUGAAACGCACUAUAAAGCUCACAAUGAACUCCAUCCUGGACGAAAACACAAGAUUGUUGAGGCCACUGGUCAGCUACAGGAGAGGGUCUGCACCCAACAUGAGAAGCCUCUGGAGGUGUUUUGCCGUACAGACCAAACUUGUGUUUGCUUUCUCUGUAUGGUGGAUGAACACAAAGGCCAUGACGCUGUGUCAGCGUCUGCAGGGAGAAAGGAGAAACAGACGCACUUGGGAGAGACCCAGAGGAGAUUUCAGCAGAGUAUCCAGGAGAGAGAGAAGGAGCUGCAGGAGCUGAGGAAGGCUGUGGAGACGCUCAAGAGUUCUGCACAGACAGCAGUGGAGGACAGUGAGAGGAUCUUUACUGAGAUGAUCCGCUCCAUUGAGAGAAGGCGCUCUGAGGUGACAGAGCUGAUCAGAGCUCAGGAGAAGGCUGAGGUGAGUCGGGCUGAAGAACAUCUGAAGCAACUGGAGCAGGAGAUUGCCGAGCUGAAGAGGAGAGAUGCUGAGCUGGAGCAGCUUUCACACACAGAGAACCACGUCCAUUUCCUCAAGACUUUCCAGUCACUGAGCAACACACCUGUGACUAAAGACGUGUCCAGGAUCUAUAUUAAGCAAAGCCUUUCUUUUGAGGCUGUACAUAAAUCUGUCUCCUGGCUAAAGGGGUGGCUGGACGUUUUCUGCAAAGAGGAACUCAUGAAGAUAUCUGCAGCAGUGGCUAAAGUCCAGGCUAGUUUUUCUGGACAUACAACCAGAGAAGAAUUCAUACAAUAUUCCUGUUACUUCACACUGGAUCCAAACACAGCUAAUGGAAACCUCCAUCUGUCUGUGAGGAACAGGAGGGUGGAGGGGAGAAGAGAGCUCCAGUCUUAUCCUCAUCAUCCAGAGAGAUUUGAUAGGUGGUAUGAGGUGCUGUGUAGAGAGGGUGUGUCUGGACGCUGCUACUGGGAGGUGGAGUGGAGUGGGGAGGUUGAUAUAGCAGUCUCAUAUAAAAGCAUCAGCAGGAAAGGAUGGGGUGAUGGCUGUUGGUUUGGAUAUAAUGGUCAGUCCUGGAGUCUGUACCUCCGCAGGUCCUGUUCCUAUUUCUGGCACAAUAAGGAAAAGACUAAACUCCCUCUAGUGGCCAGCUCCAGAAUAGCAGUGUAUGUGGAUCACAGGGCAGGAACUCUGGCCUUCUACAGCAUCUCUGACACAAUGACCCUCCUGCACAGAGUCCAGACCAAAUUCACUCAUAUACUUUAUCCUGGAUUUUGGGUAGGUGAAGGAUCAUCAGUGAAGCUGUUGUGAGUAUUCUCAGUUGGGUAUUGGUCUGGUAUGAGCCAGGCUAGGACCCUGCUGCAGUAGGAGGCAUUAGUGUGUCAGCUUUGGGAACUGGGGUCAGACUCCCCACAAACACAUUGAGGAGAAGGAAGGGUACGAAGGGUGUGUAGUGUAGUGUAGUGUAGUGUGCAGUGUAGUGUGGUGCGGUGCGGUGCGGUGCAGUGUAGUGUAGUGUAGUGCAGCGUAGCGUAGUGUAGCGUAGCGUAGUGUAGUGUAGUGCAACAUAAAAGUCCAAAUUCAGUUAAAUGGUCAGAAGGUUUUUGUAACAUAAACAUAAACAUUGCACAUUAGGAUUCACAAAACUUUGUGUUGCUCUUUGCACCCACUCUAUUUUUAAAGGUUUUCAACUCCUACAUCUUAUUUUACUACAUUCAUGCAGGCUAAUAAAAAAAUAAAUGAAUGCAUUUUUAAAUACUGAAUGUAA